CAUGCGCGCCGCGUGUCGGGCUGCUGGUUGGAGUGCUGGCUGCCUUAAGCCGCUCCUGUCACUCCCAGUUAAACGUCUUCAAUGAAACGCGUCGCCUCUAAACUUCUCUCCAGGAUCUUUAACCGCCACAUUAAGCCCACUGAAUGCUCUUCCUGUGAUUCAACCAGGAAACUGGACCCUCUUCCCGGCUAACAGCCUGCCCGACGUGUGGAAGCAGCAUGUGGAGGAAAGCUUCGGCAGCGCUGCUGCUGGCUCUGGCUGUCGGCUAUUUCUACAGUGGCAGGCCAGAUCUGCCAGAGCAGAUCCUUCAGUACGUCGGCCUGCCGGGCUUCCUGUCGUCGUCGCAGAGCCACGCCGGCCUGGAACAGACCAUCUCUGCUGCCUGGGAGGCUCUGAUCACUUUACCCAGCAGGCAGUGGAGCAAAGUGGCAGUAGGGGUGAAUGCCUGUGUGGAUGUGGUGGUCUCCGGCGUGGGGCUGCUGCAGGCUCUGGCUGUGGACCCUGGCACCGGCCGCGAUCAUGAAAUCCUGCACUCCAAGGAGGACCUGAAGGAAACCUUCAUUCACUUCAUGGAGCGUGGAGCAGCGGCGGAACGUUUCUUCAGCGACAAGGAGGCGUUUCAGAGGAUCGCCCGUGCAGCCGCAGAGUACCCUGGGGCAAAGCUCUAUGUUGGAGGAAACGCUGCCCUUAUUGGUCAGAAAUUCGCCACCUACCCAGAUUUAAUGGUUUUGUUGUGUGGGCCAGUUGGUCCAAAACUCCACGAGAUGCUGGAUGAGCAGAUUGUGGUUCCUCCAGAAUCUCUUCAGGAAACGGACGAGUUCCACCUCAUCCUGGAAUAUAAAGCAGGGGAAACGUGGGCUUCCACUCAGGCGCCACAGGCCAACCGCUUCAUCUUCUCUCAUGAUGUAUCCAAUGGGGAGAUGAGCACGUUGGAGACGUUCGUGGCGAGCCUGGAGGAGUUCCAGCCAGAGCUAGUCGUCCUGUCGGGGUUCCACAUGAUGGAGGGGCAGGGCAGAGAGCUGUGGGGGGAGAGACUGAAAGAGGCUGUAGCCGCCAUAGGUGACAUUCCUAAGGACAUUCCUAUCCACCUGGAGCUGGCCAGCAUGACGGAUACAGACUUCAUGAACCGGAUCAUGCAGGAGCAGGUCUUGCCCAUCGUCAGCUCCAUCGGACUGAACGAGCAGGAGCUACUCUUCCUCUCUCAGGCGGGGGGCGGCCCUCACGCCGCUCUGCCUGCGUGGAAAGGCAUCCCUGACGUCGGGCGCGUUGGCGACAUUCUCUUCUGGAUCCUGGAGCAGCACGGCCGCACCGACCCAUCCUCAGAAUCUGAGCUCACUCGCAUCCACUUCCACACGCUGGCCUACCACGUUUUAGCGACGGUGGAGGGUUACUGGGGCAACCAGGCUGCAGCUGUGAUGGCGGGGGCCCGGGUGGCCAGCAGUCAGGCCUGCGGCCUCCAGGCUGUGGACGUUAGCAAAGUGGAGCUGAAGGCCCCGCUGGAGUUUCACAGCUCUCACUUUGAGCCCAGAGAGCAGCUGUCCCUGAGGCCAGAGGAGCCCGUCACCAUGUGGCGCAGGGGGAACAUCACCUUCCACCUCAGCCCGGUACUGGUCUGCAAAAGACCCCUUCGGACAGUGGGGCUCGGGGACGCCAUCUCUGCUGAGGGACUAGUUUACUCAGAAAUAAAGACCCAGCAGCCUUUCUGAGAAAAGAACUGAAACUCUGACCUGCAGCUCUGCUCGUCUCUGAGCCAGUCUCCAGAUUCAGGUUCCUUCAUCCCAAAGAUGUAAUAUUUCAGUGACCCCCCAAGUGAUCAGACUCUGCCCCUCGCCAAACUGGAUCUGUGAGACCGCGAUGCAGCUGGACUCUCUGCACCUUCCUAAACUCCAAAGAGUUUGACCUUCACAGCUACUUUACUCUAACCUGCAUAUCUUCAGAAUGCUGUGCCUUCUACAAGAACCUGAAAUGUUAUUAAAUUGUCUUUUGUAGGAAAACUUCAGAUUAGUCCCUGUUGACAUAGGUGCUGUGUGAUAGAAUCAAAUUCCCUUUCUAGAAGUUCUGCUGGUGUCUUCAUGUCUAAUAUUAACUUGAAAGUUCCUCCAACUCUGGACAUCAAACAUGAUUUCAACAUGUCUGUUCAACUGGAUUCAUUUUGUUUUCUUCCUAUUUGGUCUGAAAAAGUAAGAAAUAUGCUCUCAUAUUCCAGCUCCAUACGAGCAAAUGUUUGCUUCCGUUCCUGGCUCUAUUAACUAAAUUGAGGGGGAAAUCAAAGUAUUAGAUUAUAGGUAUUAAAUGUAUUAAAGGGUAUGUAUUCAGAUAAUCCAUUCCAGAUUUUUAUAGACCAGGUUUUAUGACUGAAUCAGGUAAAAGCCACGUUUAGCAUGUGAUGUUUCGUGUAUGAAACAUGCUAAGAUGAACCAUUGGUCCUCAAAUGUUUAGAAUGUGACAAAUCUUAAAAACCUGAACUGGAAAAUGUGUACGAUCCCUUUUUUGUCUUUAAGCACCAAAACACUCCCUCCAUAAGGAAAAGGUAUAUUUAGUUUUUUUUUUUAUAUAUAUAUAAAUAGGAUAUUCGUUUAGAUAUAGCAAAGGUAUUUUAGAUGUUGUCUGAAGCAUGCUCUUCUUUAAAGGAUGAAUCUCACAUCAUAUUCUGAUGCCAGCUAAUUGACUUGAUGGUUCACUUAUGAGCGUCUCAUAAAGGCUGUAAUCUUAAUGUCAAAUGCUUUGGGGUUUAUUCCCAUUAGCAAACACUCCUCCUGUUUACCUCAGAUUGCCUCUGAAGGCAUGCAAUAAUCAGUCUUAAUGCAGCCUUAUGACUAGAAGGUGACGCAGCAUUUGUGUUCAGAACAGGUGAUUCCUUGCACUAGUAAAGAUAAGUGGCUGGUGAGCCUGUGGAGGGGAACCAUAGCCUUCUGUUUGUCCUGUUUCAUGUUUCAAGCACAGUUUAUUCAUCUUUUACUCAUUUUGUCUUUGCGUUCUGUUUGUAUCGUGACAAGUUCUGUUCCCUCAUUAUGUCUCAUUAAAAUUCUGGA